UGUGUUCAUAACCAGUCGCUGUAGAAGAGAAAAUGGCCUGUUUAGUUUCCGUCGUCGUAUUACAGCUUCUAACGAUCCACUACAUCAUCGUCACCGGCGCUCAGAAUUCGACCACCGACACGGCGAGCCCGGACGGCGUCAGCUCGGCGACGGUCAUCUCCCAGUUCCUGGCGUCCCACAACGAGGCGAGGCAGCAGGUCGGGGUGCCGCCACUGAGGUGGGACGCGAAGCUGGCGAGCUUCGCCAGGGCGUACGCCAACCAGCGGCGGGGCGACUGCCAGCUGGUGCACUCGCCGGGGUACGCCUACGGGGAGAACAUCUUCUGGGGGCAGGGGAGGCGGUGGGCUAUCCCGGACGCCGUGGCCAAGUGGGUGGAGGAGAAGCAGUGGUACCGCUACGACACCAACACCUGCGCCGGCCCGGACUGCACCCACUACACGCAGAUGGUGUGGCGCACGACGGAGCUGCUGGGCUGCGCCAAGAUCGUCUGCAGCAGCGGCGACACCUUCAUCGUCUGCGAGUACUACCCGCCGGGAAACUAUGUCGGAGCCCGUCCGUACAUUAAGCCGCCGAAGGCCUGAUCGCAUCGACCUCUUGCUGCUGUCUCACUACCGCUGUUACCGUCAUCGUUGUCACCUGAUACUGCUCUGAAGAUUGUAUAUAAUGUGCUUAGUCAACGAAAUAAUUGAUGCGAUUGUACAUACCGUCA